AUGCAGACAUUCGUAAAUAAAAUCGCUGUAGUACAAGCUGAGCCGGCGUGGCUCGAUUUAGAAGCAGGGGUUAUCAAGACCAUUGAGUACAUCGAGGAGGCCGCUGCGAACGGUGCCAAGCUUCUCGCUUUUAGCGAGCUUUGGAUACCCGGCUAUCCGAGCUGGAUGUGGGCUCUGAACUUUGCGAACUACCACCCUAUCAACAUGAAGUAUAUCCGCAACUCUAUGGCAAUCGAUUCCAUUGAGAUGAACCGCAUCCGAGCGGCCUGCUCCGAAAACAAAAUCUGGGUCUAUCUGGGAUUUGCAGAGCGCGUCGGAUCCUCCAUGUGGAUGAGCAGCUGCUUCAUCGACGGUGAGGGGCAAAUCACAAAUCAUAGACGUAAGAUUCUCCCGACCGCGUGUGAGCGAAUCAUGUUCGGCAAUGGGACCGGCGAUUCUUUGAUGAACGUGAUCUCUACUCCUCUCGGUCGAAUAGGGAGUCUUCAAUGCUGGGAGCACUUGCAGCCUCUGCUGAAAUAUCACACUUAUUCGCAACAUGAGCAGAUCCAUGUCGCUGCCUGGCCUGCCAUCUUUCCCCAUCGAGGUCACGAGCCUUGGGCAUUCACAGCCCAAGCAGCCACUGUCGCUUCUCAACUCUACGCUAUGGAGGGUCAGACUUUCGUUUUGAUGGCGACCCAAGUCAUGACUGCCAAGGGCGCAGGUAUGAUUGGAAUGAGCACCGAAGGUAAAGGAUUUGACGAAGCGUACACUCAGAUUCCUGGAGGCGGCUCUAGUCAUAUCUUCGGUCCUGAUGGCAAAAUUCUCGCUGGACCUAUGGCACCGCACGAGGAAGGUAUACUCUAUGCCGAUGCCGACCUUGGUGCUAUCCUCGAUGCCAAAGCCUAUGCCGACCCUGUUGGUCACUACAGUCGGCCUGAUUUAUUACGUGUGGUUGUCGACAGAGAGCCGAAACGUCCAGUGAUCUAUCUAGAGGAGCAGAAAAUGCCUGAGCACCCUUCCGUGACUGAUGAUUUCAGCAAGGUCGUGGACUCGCUUUCCCGUUCGAGCGGAUUAGAUGUCAUCAGUGCAAAUAGUAUGGAGUGA